AUGCGUCAGAAGUCAUGGCAAUGGGGUCAAUCGCAGGGACACGCAUCCGAGGCAAAUUUUACGUUGACUAUUAAUCCAUGCGACGAAUGCCGCGGACCCGAAGCGGGAGACAAAUCGUCGCAGGCAACUGUGCUCUUGCUUCGCGCAGAGGUUAACUUCGUAGGAGAGAACCAGUUAUUCGUCAGAAACACGGGUUGUCCCUACCUGCCUCCCGCGCGUUUUCUCGACCCGCUGGCUCUCCGUGGAUUCCCGCAGCUUACCGGCUUGUUCCAGAUUACUGUAAUUCGGAACACGUGGUCAAUGCGAUGGCGACCGGGCCGGGUACUUGGCGCAAUUCCCCCACCUGGUGCGUCGCCUGGAUUCGCGGAAGAUUUCCACGAUCUUCGCGUCGAUUCGGGCCGACGAGCAGCGACAGCGCCACAAGACGCCUCACGAUUGUGCCGAGCGCCGAUCACAUCGCCGAAGCCUGGCUCAUUAAUAAUCGCUCGUUUCCCCGUUGAGUCCCCGCAGCCCUUCCUGCUGGUUGCCUGGGCUCUUCACGCGACGUUUCCGCGGGUGGCAGGCGGGUGCUGCAACGCGGAACCUGGAGGCUGCUUUCAGAAGCCGAGUUACGGAUCUCUAGCAUCACGAAGAAGUCGGAAGAUGGAACCUUUUGCGAGUCGUGCGCGGGAAAUGACGGGACUGCUGGAAGACUCGUUUUUGCAACGAAUCGUGGCUACUGCCCUAAAAAUAUCCAGAAAAGCCUUGUGCAAAUCUGUGCACCAGGUGGUUUGUGGAUACCCGUCCAGCAUCAAAGCGGAGUAUCGGCAUCCAGCGCGGGUCAAAUCCCCGAUCGCAGGUCUACUCCUCGCGAGAUCCGGGCUGGGCACGAAGCCCAUAGGGCUCGGGAUCGGAUUACCGAGUCGGGUAACGCAACGCAGUCAGCUAAUUCACAGUGCCGGUGCGCGGGCGAUUGCUGCCCUGGCCGCGUUCGCCGGCGCUUAA